UUCACCGAACAAGCCUCUGAAUGCCUUUCCAAACAGGAGAGAUCGAAUCUCACACCUGUAGCUGAGGGUAGCCCUCUGAGAAGCGGAUGAAGAAACAAAUCUUACUACUUUUCACAUACAGAGGACUAGUAAGAAAAGGAAAGAAGAGUAAAAGAAGAAAAUGGCCAAUUUUAUAUUACGGAAAGCCGAACCCAAGGACGUGUCUGACAUAUUGCGACUCAUAAAGGAACUGGCAAAAUACGAGGAAAUGGAACAUCAAGUCAUUCUAACUGAAAAAGAUCUCUUAGAGGACGGUUUUGGAGAUCACCCGUUUUAUCACUGUAUAGUGGCUGAAGUGCCCAAGUUGCACCAGAGCACUGACGCUCAUGUGAUUGUUGGCUUUGCAAUGUAUUACUUCACCUAUGACCCCUGGAUUGGAAAACUGCUCUACUUGGAAGACUUCUACACUAUGGAGGAGUUUAGAGGUUUUGGUAUUGGGUCUGAAAUCCUGAAGAAACUGAGUGAAACGGCGGUCAGGACUCGGUGCAGUAGUAUGCACUUCAUCGUGGCGGAGUGGAACAAAUCCUCCAUCGAGUUCUACAAGCGGCGCGGAGCUUCGGAUCUCUCCCUGGAGGAAGGAUGGAGGCUCUUCAAGAUUGACAAACAGAACCUCCUCAAGAUGAUGCACGAGGAGUGAGCAGGAUGUUUGGAGGAAACUUACAGUGUCUUAGACUAAUAUUCAUUUGUUUGUAGUGUUUAGUCUAGAAGAUUAAAAAGAGGUGUAGUUUUAGAGUCUUUCUUCUUACAUUUUAGUGUACUGUUGUUUAAAUAGAUGUGUAUUUUCAUAUUCACUACGCUGUAUAUUGUCUUUAUACUUAAUUAUAAAUGGAAAAAAGUUUCUCCAUGUGAUUUUUCUUUCUUUCUUUUUUAUUUUUCACAAAUGUUUCAUAUUAGGGAUGAUGCAUGCCCAGAUUUAUACUGUACAUAUUGGUGAAUCUCAUGAAACCUCCCAUGUCCGGGUCACAUUUCACCUCAAAUAAAAAAAAAUAUAUAUAUAUAUAUAUUACAUUAAACAAAGUCUAUGGUAACACUUCACACUCGGUAGAAUUAGCUACUGCAUUAGUUAUCAUGAACUAACAAUGAACACAUAUUUAUUACAGCAUUUAUUAAUCUUUGCUAAUGUUAGUUAAUAAAAAUACGAUUGUUCAUUGUUAGUUCAUGUUAGUUCAUAGUGCAUGAAAUAAUGAUAUCAUAUACAACUUUUGCACAAGUGACCGAGGCUAGAGCGCAUGGCAUUUAUAGACUCCUUGCUAGCACGUCCAACUCCCAUGUCGGGGCACAACGGUUUGAGUCCCGCUAGGAGCGGUUCAAGCAGGACCGGAGACAAACACAUUGCUACUCUAUAAUUUUUCUACCCAACCUAAAUUAAAUUAAUAAAAAUAAUACAAAUAUCUCAAACAAUCUCUCAUGGGAAUUAGUUCAUUAAGUUUAUAAAUGAUUCACUGAUUCGUAUGUAGCAUUGGGAAGUCUGAUUGAUUAUGGUUGAUUUUAUUUGGAAGGUUCAUGUAAAUAAACCCAGUGGUGGAGCUAGGGGGUGGCCGUGGCCACCAUGGACCGAAGCCUGGCCACCCCAUUGGCCACCCCACUCGCAAUUGGUGUUUUAGUCAUUUAUUUGGCACAAUUUAUCUCUGAGCACUUCUCCGU